AGCUCGAGUGCAGUGGGGUGCGGUGCGCGCAGGAUCAUGAGAAAGACUGAUUGAAUUCGGACGUGUUUUUCUGUUAAAUCCAAUAAUGGAUUUCUCUCUAUUUUGCUUAUCUAUCCUUUUAUUUUUUAACUUUCCCACAUUACAUGCUUUGCCACCAAAUAUCGUGUUGAUACUGGCUGACGACUAUGGAUUCCAUGAUAUAGGUUAUCACAAUAACGGCUUCAUAAAAACACCGAAUUUGGACGGCCUUGCCAGCGCCGGAGUGAAGCUCGAGAAUUACUACGUGCAACCGAUAUGUACUCCGACGAGAAGUCAACUUAUGAGCGGCAAAUAUCAGAUACAUACUGGUCUUCAACAUGGCAUUAUCAAGCCUGCUCAGCCCAACUGUCUCCCUCUCAACGAUUCUACAUUGGCGGACAAACUGAGCGAUGCAGGGUACGAGACUCACGUCAUUGGGAAGUGGCACCUCGGCUUUUACAAGAGAGCAUGCUGGCCGACUAAUCGAGGAUUCAAAUCAUUCUUCGGUUACUUGAAUGGUGGCGAAGAUUAUUACACGCACAGCCUUGCAUUACAAUUCUUCUCCCAACACUGGCAUGGCCUUGACUUCCGUGACAACCUCGAACCUACAACGAACUACAGUGGUGUCUACUCGACUCAUGUCUUUGCACAACGUGCACAGCAGGUUAUAGAGCAGCACGACACACAGAAGCCCCUGUUUUUGUACCUGCCUUUCCAAGCUGUCCAUUCUCCUUUGGAAGUCCCAGAGAAAUACAUAGAGCCAUAUGAAUCCAUCGCAGACAAAAAUCGUAGGAUCUACGCUGGUAUGACAACGUGCAUGGACGAAGCUGUUGGAAACAUCACUGGAAGUCUGAAAAAAGCAGGCCUCUGGAAUAACACUGUUCUCAUUUUCUCCACUGAUAAUGGUGGUCAGGUUAUUGCAGGGGGAAACAACUGGCCCCUACGAGGCUGGAAGGGAUCACUCUGGGAAGGAGGAAUACAUGGUGUAGGCUUUGUAUCCAGCCCCUUACUGCCUGAUGACGUCCAGGGCACUAUCAACAGAGAACUCAUUCAUGUUAGUGACUGGUACCCAACCCUAGUUGAGGGUAUCGCUGGCUGGACCCUGGAAGGAGCCAAGCUGGAUGGAUACAAUGUCUGGCAAACCAUCAGCCAGGGGAUUUCUUCACCGAGAAAAGAGCUCCUUCAUAACAUCGAUCCACUGGGAGCACCGUCCCCACCCAAACCGCCCUUGGAACCCCCUAUACCCAGUUGUAACUUCACAUUUCCUUCCAAGUUCAAUGUUUCGACGAGAGCAGCCAUACGAUUCAAGGACUGGAAGCUAAUCACUGGCAACCCGGGGCCAGGGCACUGGAUUCCGCCUCCUGAAUCUGGACUGCAUCCUGUGAAACCAGUCGUACCUGAAGGGAAAUGCGUGUGGCUCUUCAACAUCAAGGACGACCCUUACGAGGUGUAUGACCUCUCCGACGAGCAAGGGGACGUUGUGAGGGACCUUCUAGACAAACUUUAUGAAUACCAGGAAGGUGCAGUCCCUGUGCACUACCCGGAUCAAGACCCACAGGCAGACCCAGCUCUUCACAACAACAUAUGGGAUAGCUGGGAAUAGAAUGUCACUACAAUGGCGUAGUCAGCGAAAUUGAACCUAAUUUGGGUUAGUAGUGUAGACAUGCUGAGGCUGUCUGGCAUUUUAAUUCUUAAAGCAUGCACAAAAAUGGAAAGAAGAAGGAAGGCAUGAUUAAAUAAGGGAAUGUAAUAGUUAAAAUGAAAAAAAAAAUGCACAGAAAAUGCAUGAUUGAUAGUCAGAAGAUUAGCUGUAUGUAUUCCACUUUAGAAUGUCUGAAACCAAUCAACUUUUCAAUAUACAGGUAUUGAUAUUUCAUGCUCAUUGCCCUUUAUUUGGACCAAGCAGACUGGCUGUCAUAAGAUUAUUGUAAACAUGGUAUUAGUUGAGCCUCUGCUUUAGGAACUUCUCUAAAUUAGUCAGCAAAAGCUAAAAGCAUAGAAUUUGGGUCUGGUGUAUUUUUAUGUUACACCAAGUAUCUUUUUGAAAAUGCGUUACGUUAUGGAUAUUUUCAUAUUGUCCCUAGUUAGUAGUCUAUUUGGGCCAAAUUUAUCAUAUGUAGGAAAUAUGCUGAUGAUUGACAUAUGGUUGGUUAGUCAUGAUAUUGCAUCGGCGUCAGGGUCAUGAUAGACACAUUUUGUAUUGUGAAACAGAGGUUGCUUUUGUAUGUUACUUCUUUUCAGGGUAGAAUAGUUAAAGAUGUUUAUUUUCUGUAGUGCAAGUCCAAUAGUUCUUAUCCGGUAGGAUGCGAAAGUUAUUGUAUGUUUGAUUUUGCCAGCACCGUUUUGAGGCUUGGAUGAAUGCAAGGAAUGCUCCCAAGGGAGUGGAAAUUGUGCUCUUUGUCCGAGAUUGAAAUGAAUCCAAUGACCGGGGUAAUGAUAUGCUGUAAAGCGCUUUGAGCCGUUAUGGGAAAAGCACUGUAUAAAAACUAGCUAUUAUUAUUAUUAUUAUUAUUAUCAAGAGAUAAGUCUGAUUUCAGAUCAACUUAGAUAGAUAUCUUGAUAAAGCUCUUUCUCAAACCAUUUACAUUUCUGUUCUUCAUCUGUCCAACUCAUCGUAGACAUGCCACGUACACCAGAAAAUGACUAUUCCGUCUUCCACAAAAUUACAACCAAAAAACAAAUUUAUCAUUCAUAUUGCUGACUUCCUCUUUCACUUCACUAUGUUUUGUUGACUUAAUGAGUACAUUGGAUCUUAUGAGUUUCUCCUUGUGAUUUCAAAAGAUUUUUUUCAUGCCUUCGGUAUUUCAUACUUUUAAUGCCUUUUUCUUAAAAUCAAUAAAAUACAUGUGACCUUGAAUGGUACAUAUUCUUGUGCAUAUUGUGCCUGUGAAAUAUUAUCGAUUUUCUCUGGUGUUUUUAUAAGGUAAAAGAGAAUUUCCUACAAUAUACCAGAUAAGAUGUUGACACAGGUUCAAAGUCUGAUUACCAAGAUUUUCUUACUCUUGAAAAUAAACUUCAUCGAAGUUUAACUUUAUCAGAUGGAAAUAUAAAUGAUUGGGAAUGUGAUUUAGCAUCCAAGAUAAUAUACCUUUCAUAGCGUCGCAUGUAACUUCAUGAACAACUUGAUGCUAAGACCACCUGGUGGCCGUUUCAUAAAGCUGUUCGUAAGUUAAGAGCGACUUUACGACCGACUGGUGAACCCAUCUUACGCGCUAAACCAUCGCCAAUUCAAUAUACCAUCUACCACAAGAAAGGAUUACCAGUCGUUCUUAAAGUCGCUCUUAACUUACAAACAGCUUUAUGAAACAGCCACCAGGUAUGAUCAAUGACAGACCUGUCUACCCUAAAUUUCAUGGAUCUGUAUUAAGGCUGACUAAGAUAGAAUGCUUUCAUUUCUACAUUAAACACAAAUAUCCUAAAUUUCCAUCAGAAAUUUUUAAGUUACUUUCACACUUAUUUGUUGAUCAUCAUUGAGGACUUCUUUGGAAUCAUUUCUCAGGUUCUUAAUCAAAUUUAAAUCAGAUCCACAGGGAUCCCACAGGGCUAUGUUGUGUAGCCCAUGCUAUUUUAGUAACUCUACUAAUAACAAUGACCAAUGACAGUGUACAUGAUUACCAAUGAAUUUGAAAUAAAAUUUGAUGAUUGUGACUAACA